UUGCAAAAGUCGGAAUAAAUAUAACCGUAAAAAAUGAAAGUUCAAAAAAUUAUUGCACAAAUUUAAUCACUUAACAUUUUAAUGGAUCACAUAUAUUAUUCAAAAUUAUGGUUCCUUGCGCAAAGGGAUUUGGAAAAAUUAAUCGAAUACGACCAAACUUUCGUAAAUGAGCCACCAAUAGAGGAUAGAAAUGCUGCCACAAAUUAUAUUCUUGAAUUAUAUUUUCGUUAUCGGAAAAUAGUCCAACGCUUAACCGUUUGCCAUGAUAACAUUGUUCAUCCGCAAAUACGACAAUUCAUCCAAAAAAUGCUUGAUUAUUCAAUAAUUCGUAUGUUAGAAAUACGACAAGAAAUGGUCGACUUCACCUUCGCCGACUACCCCUGGCCCAUCGACAUCUUGCUACACCUCCAUUGGACGAUCGAUGAUGUGGACCUUACGGCCCCGAUAUAUAAUCUCUCGAUUAGGAUGGCCGAAUCGGAGCGACGAAAGAAACUCUUCGAGAAUUAUCUCGCAAAAACAGAUAUUGUUGAAACGGACGACAUGGAAAGUACAUCCUUUGAAUCGAAUUUGAGUGGAAUGGACGACUUGCAAUCAUCCCAGUCGACAGAAGAGGAAAAAGAGAAAUCUAAAGUAAUGUCGACGGUACUCACAGUUAAAAAACCACCGGAAAUAGAGAUGCAAGAAGCCGAACGCGAAGCAUUUAAUGAUGCGGUUUUGUUAAUUCAAAGUAACGAACGCUCGAGAGUUGGUAGACGAAAUGCCGCAAAUGCCUUAUAUCAGAUACGCUUGAGAAAAAGACUGGAUGCCAACCAAUUUGAUCAAACGAAUAUCAAUGAAAACUUAGAAAUCGAAGCUGCUAUUAAAAUACAAAAAAUAUGGAGAGGAUUUUCGGUGCGGCGACAAUUACAACAAAGAAAUCGUAAAAUUCAGGAAUUAAUGCGCAUGACAAUUCCAAGUGGAGGUACCCGCAAUAUCCUUAAACGCCUCGAUGAGAUUGUUAAGGAAAAAUCAGAUAGGCAAGCUGCGGCCUUGCGAAAACUUAAGGACCUAAUAUUUGCCGAAGAAGAAAAAUUUUUGGAAAACCGUGGCCCAAGCUUCGUUGAUGAUAUUCGUGAAGAAAUUCGCGCUUGGCUCUUCGAAUGGUACGAGAAAGUGGGCUUCUUCGAUUAUAUACCUCCAGCUGCGGUUGGUGGCUCGAUUCUAAUAGCAACUGGUCAAUGUCGCACCCCUACCGAGUAUUUAUCCUCUGUAAGACCUGAAGUAAAAAAAUCAAAUAUUCCGGAAUCGAAUGAAGAAAAUGAAGUUGCAACUAAAAACAUCGAAACAGAAGGCUGGGUAAUGCGGGAAUCGAAGGUUAUAUCCAGCUUGAUGGAAAUCAACAAGGAAUUUCUGAUUAAAUGGAAUCCUCGUGAAAUACAAAUAUUAGAUCCUACUAUUCCCUUGUUCGAAGACUUUAUUUUCGAGGAUAUAUGCUACGACUUACAGUUGGAAAUGCGUGAAAUUGCCGAUGAAUCAAUGAGAGUCGAGUUAGAAGACUUGAAUGUAGCACUCAUGACAGACCAUCAGCUGGCCGACGAUCAUUUUCAGUUACCCAAACCGCAGGAAUUCGACGCCGUCGAAGAGGUAAACAACACGGAUAUCCCUGUCCGGGAUAUCCUGCCGGAUAAAUCGGAUGACGAUCUCGCGAUCGAGCUCAUGCGAGCCCAAGUGAUCCGGAACUGCCCGGAACGCAGACUAAGCGACUGGCCAGGUGUCCCAACCUACAACUUCCAGAACUACAACGACAUACAUCUCGGGGAUAUCAAGCACGCAGUGAUGGACUAUUGCGUACUGCCGCUCGGCUCCAAAUCCGUGCACCAGCUUGCACCCUUGGUACGUUCGGUGUGCAUCUGCGGGCCACCAGGAUCCGGUCAGCUCUUCAUUGCCCAUGCCAUCUGCAACGAGCUCAAGGCGACGGUCUUCGAUCUCACGCCUGAGAAGCACAAGGGUCGGUACAAGUCCAAGAAGAGCCAGAACAGGCUCGUCGACGUGAUCACGAGGCUCACCCGAGCUUUCGCACCGUCGAUCGUCCUCGUGGAGGGAGAGAAAGCAUGGCUGAAGCAAGUGCCCCCCACGAUGAGGCGACUCGAUCCAAAGAGGUUCUCGCCACUUUAUCGGAAAAUCGUCAACGGAAUCGAGCCCGGUGAUCAGGUUCUCUUUCUCACGACAUCGACGGAACCGUACUUGGCUGAUAAGUCGUUCGUCAAGCUCCACGACAAGUUCAUAAUCAUACCGGUCGCCGACUAUAGCACGACGUUUCUCACUUACAAAAAGUCGCUUUUGAGCCAACACGCCAUCCCGAGAAACUUUCAGGUGUCCUCGCUCGCGAAGGCCAUCGCCAAGGAGACGCCUCUGGAGUUUGCCCAGAGCGCCCUGGACAACUGCCUCAAAAUUCAAAGGCGGAUGGACUUUAAGAGAAGGCCCCUCAAGCCCAUGGAAAUCUUCGAGACGCUGCAGAAUAAUGUUGAGAGGCCAACGAAGGAGACGCUCCGACUCUUCGAGAAUUUUCGCGCGAAUCUGCCCCUCGAGAAGAAGAGACGUGAAUUUAUGCAGAUUAUCGAGGAAACAGCAGCGAACAGCAACAAAUGAAGAUAACGCGCUCUCGGUCUUACCUAUAUCGUAUAACGAUUCGGCUCGCUAAUUCUCCCGG